AUGGCGGAUCAAACAGAAGUAUCUAUACCUGUGCCAGUACCUGUCAAAGACGGAAUGGUGAAUGUGAAUGAGAAUGCCGUCCAAGGAAGCAGUCGCGAUACCACGCGAGACUUUGUCAGGAAUAAUGACCACGACGACAACGACGGUCAUGUCGAGAAUGGCCCGGAGCCGGACCUGGCCACCAUCGACCGCAUUUACCGCAAACUCGAUCGACGCAUCAUCCCCGCCUUCUGGGUGCUCUACUUCCUCUGCUCCGCCGUCCGGUCCAACGUCGGGCUGGCCCAGACCAUGAACGCGGACGUCCACCACGACCUGGGCUCGAUCCUGCAUCUCACGCCGCACGAGAUCUCCACCGGCCUGGCGCUGUUCUACGUCUGCUACGUCGUCUUCGACUUCCCGUCCAAUCUGAUCAUGACGCGGCUGAGUCCGCAUUGCAGAAGGUUAAUUGCUAACGAUUCGUCUGUUGCCAGUCUCCUCCGCUUGCUCCUCGGGAUCGUGAUCGCCGGCAUGUGGCCCGGGAUGACAUACUAUCUGUCGCUAUUCUACCCUCCGUCUCGAAUGGGGAAGCGCAUCGGGCAGUACUUCACCGCUGCGCAGGUCUCUGCCGCCGUGGUCGGCCUGGUUUCGGCCGGAUUCCAGAAGAUGGACGGCGACCGCGGUCUGGUCGGAUUCCAGUGGAUGUUCCUGGUCUACGGCAUCGUCACCAUCCUGCUCGGUAUCGCCUUGCUCUGGUGGCUCCCGGACCGGCAAACUCCGCCGGGGGAGCCGACUCCCCAGAAGCGAAAAUAUCUGCGAUGGCUGCCGCGAAGUCCGCCCGCGCUCACGGGCCGCGACGCAGAGAUCCAUUACCACAAUCUGCGGCGCGUCUACCACCAGCCGUCGUGGACGCUGCGGGACCUGGGCCGCGUGCUGCUGGACUGGCGAAUCUGGCCGCUGCUGAUCAUGUACUUUGGCGUCGUCGGAGUCGGCAACAGCACAGAGUAUUACGGCACCGUGAUCAUCGAGGCGACGAACCCGUCGCUGAGCGACAUUGACGUGAGCCUGCUCUUUGCUCCGAUCUGGAUUAUGGACCUGAUCGCCAUCCUGCUCGUGACCCCCCUAUCCGACAGAUUCCACCGGCACCGCGCGCUCUUCUUCUGCGUCCCGACCUGUCUGCAGAUCCUAGGCCUGCUGCUGACGACCUACGCGGGAACAGAAACCAACCCGUGGCCGCGGUACGGCGGGCUGCUGAUCGUGGGGUUCGGGCUAGGGCCGACGGUGCCCAUCACCAUGGCGUGGACGACGGAGAUCUUCCAGCCGCGACACGGCGAGGUCGGGGUGGCGGCGGCAUCGGCGCUGGUUUCGGGUCUGGGAAACCUGGGCACCAUCCUGACGACGUACGCGCUGUACGCGGGCUGGCCGAGCGACUACGAGGCGCCCGGCAGGGCCAAGUACCGCAAGAGCAACCUGGUCAUGGUGGGCAUCCUGUGCGCCAGCGUCCUGGCGGCGGUGGUCAUGCAGUUGCUGGUCCAUUUUGUAGACGGGUCGUCGUCCUCCUCACCCUCGUCCAGAGCGAUGAUCAAUAAUGCCAGCAGCGCAGGAGAUAGAAACACCCUCGACGGCGCCGCAAAGAGGGAAGCCGAACAGCGCGGAUUAUUCACCUUGCCGUUGUCGUGGAGGAAGAAAUCAGAUUCGUCAUAA